CAAGAGUAUCUAAAACUCUUUAUAUAUUCUUACACAUAAGGAUUUCUAGGUACCUAGAGGACAGAAGUCAGUGAUAUUCAAACUUCUCAAAUGGCAAGCCUGCAGAAUUCUCUCUUGGAUCACUUAAUCUUCAUCUGUGUGAGCACUCUGCUGUGGUCAAUUGGGUUUGGAUCGUGUGCUAUUAUUGAUCACACAUUGAGCAGCAGAACUGUUGCCUUGUUCAUUUUUGGUGACUCAACUGUAGAUCCUGGAAACAACAAUUACAUCAACACCAUUCCUGAGAACCAAGCACAUUACAAGCCGUACGGGCAGAACGGCUUCUUCCAACACCCCACGGGACGCUUUUCUGACGGUCGUAUCAUCGUAGAUUACAUAGCGGACUAUGCAAAGCUGCCACUGAUCCCUCCAUUUUUACAACCAUCUGUUGAUUACACAAAUGGUGUUAACUUUGCAUCUGCUGGGGCUGGCGUCCUUUCUGAAACCAAUCAAGGAUUGGUGAUCGAUCUUCAGACACAAUUGAAAAACUUUGAAGAGGUGCAGAAAUCACUAACAGAUAAGUUUGGAGAAGUGAAAGCAAAGGAAGUGAUAUCAGAAGCAGUUUAUUUCAUUAGUAUUGGGAGCAAUGAUUACAUGGGUGGUUAUUUGGGCAACCCAAAAAUGCAAGAACAAUAUAACCCUGAACAAUAUGUGGGGAUGGUCAUUGGAAACUUGACACAGGCAAUCCAAGUGUUGUAUGAGAAAGGGGGUAGAAAAUUUGCUUUCCUAAGGUUGUGUCCACUUGGUUGCUUGCCUGCCUUUAGAGCUCUGAACCACAAAGCCAGUGGAGGGGGUUGCUUUGAAGCAGCUUCUGCCCUUGCUCUAGCACAUAACAAUGCUUUAAAAACUGUGCUCACAAGCCUUGAAUAUAUGCUCAAACAGUUCAAGUACAGCAACUCCAAUUUUUAUGAUUGGCUCCAGGACAGAAUAGAUAAUCCCUACAAACAUGGUUACAAGGAUGGAGUGAAUGCUUGCUGUGGGACUGGACCCUACGGGGGCAUCUUCACCUGUGGAGGCACAAAGGAAGUUAAAGAUUACCAAUUAUGUGAAAAUGCUGAUGAUUAUGUAUGGUGGGAUUCUUUUCACCCCACUGAGAGGAUCCAUGAGCAGCUUGCAAAGACUCUCUGGAAUGGGGCCCCUUCCUCUGUAGGGCCAUACAACCUAGAAGAGCUCUUCUCAGUUGAUGAGGAGAAGCUCACUAUUGGCUAUAUGGUUGAUGACCCAGAAGCACAAGAUCACUUUUCACUUCUAAAAUAGUGCAGAACAGGACCAAGGUAGCUUACCCUGCAGCCUGCCCUUCAGUGAAGGGCUAGAAGUAUAGUUGAUAUAUGCAAUUUGUAUGUGAUGAUGUGUGUUGUCCUUGUGAUAGUUAACUUCUUUGAAAAGUCAGUCUCCUUCUACGUUUGGGCUUUGGCCUCCAUAAACCUAUUUGCGAAUAAUAUUAAGUAAAAAUAACAACAAACAUAAAUA